AUGUCUAUUGGGCCGAUCCUGAUUGCUGUGCGUUGUAUGGGGACAUUCGGGUUCGACCUGGCCGAAACCUCCAUUAUCAUAGGACAACAGGCAAAUGAAUCCAUGACCUACACAAUUCUGGAGGAAUGGGCUCCAAGUGACGAUCGAUCAGUAGAAUUCCCGCAUUCGAGUCGGGAAAGAAUCUAUGGUGCGGGCUGCAACGGCGUGCCGAGUCUGUCGUUUCAUAAUAUUUCCUGCUCUCUGGGGCUCUCAGCUGGUGAGGCCAUUUCAAAGCACAACCAGACAAUUCGGGAUGACUCCCCGGUACGUGCGAGUUUCGAGGUCAAGCUCCUACCUACGCACGACAUGCGGGACUAUCAGCUCCCACCAGCCGAUGUGUGCCGGGAUCUUAUCAGCGUGUAUUUCGAUACCUUGGAUCACACUGAAGCGUCACUCUUCCACCACCAAUCCUUCUUGCAAGCUUUCGACAAAGAAGAAGUCCCACUUGUUACACUACUCGCUUUGUUCGCUCUUGCAGCUAGGUUUUCUGACCAUUCCUAUUUUCAAAACUGUCACCGAUGGGCCCGUGGCCUCAAAUGGAGACAGGAAGCAAAGACCCUUUUCAAUUUACAAGUCAUGAACGUCUCAUUAUCUACGUUGCAAUGCUGCCGUCUUCUGUCCUCUCUUGCAGCGGCUGAGGGCGACAGCGAUACCGUCUCGAUCUGCAAUGGACUCUCUACGUGUGUAGCGUCUUUACUUGAUCUUCCACGGAAUCUGAGCAAGCAGCCUCUGCGGCGGGAGAUCGAGCUCAGAGUAUUGGCUACCGUGUACAUGACGGAUGUCUGGGUCUCUUCAGGACGAAAUGUGAAGAGAUCAUCCCACUUCGACGAGACGCUUCCGUGGCCAAUUGGCGAAGUCGCUUUCCGAAACUUGACAGAAGACAAUGUCGAAGAUGGAAUAACUACAGGCGAUGUCCUCUCCCGCAGGUCAUGCAUGUGGUCGCAAAUGAUCCCGCUGACCAAUAUAUUUGGUCAGAUCAAUGACCUGAAUCACGACAUGGAUUGCUGUGAGGGCGAUGAAGCCAGUUACCUAGCCAAAAUUGGUGCGAUAUCGCUGGACCUUGCGUAUUGGCAGCGGAAUCUCCCAGACAGGCUCCAGGACGACACUCAAAACCUGGCUUACUUUGCCAGCAUAAAUCUAGGGCAUGUUUUUGUGGCACUCCAUGUCGGCUUUCACUAUCACCACGUCCUCCUAUACUACCGUUUCCUUCAUUCCCAAAGCAGACAAGCUAUGCCCGAGAGCCAACUGGAGUAUUCACUUCGAUGCAAAACCCAUGCGGUUGCAAUCACGAAUUUGAUUUGGUCCAGCUGCCGGGACUUCAACGUCAACUGUACCUGGCUGAUGGUCAGUCAUGUCUUGGUGAUCUCAUCGUCAGUACAUCUGCAUACAUUCUUGUUAAACCCCAGUGGUGAGGCUGUGUCUGAAGCCAGAAGCUUGCUGGAGCGCAAUUUUCAACUUCUCACGAAGCUGCGUUGUUACUGGCCAUGGUUAGACCAAGCGAUGAGUCGGCUAAAGGCGUUCCAAGAAGCAUGCCUACGCGCACGAGAAAUUUCGGAUGUUUUCAAAAUGAAUAGUUGGCUGCGACAUUUCCUCCAUGCAUACGACAAGGCUGUUGCGAAUGACGAUACCAACGCACCAUGCCCGUCGCCACAUCUCUUCACACUUGACAACUUGGCUUGCUUUCCCAGUUCCUGA